UUGCCAGUUUAUCAACAUACCUGGCAGUUGCCUGUGAAUCACAAUGAUUACAAAGCAACUAGAAACGGUUCUGAAGGACUCUUUGGGCCACAAACUCCAGCUGAAGCAGAAAUGCAAACAAAAAGUCGGUGAGCUGAAGAAGGCCAGAGUGUGCACAGAAUGGAGGAAGGCUCGGUCGCGUGUGGCAGCUCGAAACAGGCGGGAAAAGGAGAGCCAGCUCUUCAGAGAAAUAGCCACCCUGCUGCCGCUGGCUCCAAACAUUGAGGCUCAGUUGGAUAAAGCUUCUGUCAUCAGACUUACCAUCGCUUACCUGCACCUCAGAGCUAUUCUCAACACUCCAGACCCCUGCACAGCAUCAGCCACUACACCGCCAGCUUCUGCAGGUCCAGGGGAACCUGCUGAAGUGAACAAGAAGGGGUUUUUCAAUGAUGCUCUCGGACGAUUCCUGCUCAUAUUGUCCUUGAAUGGGAAGAUUAUCUACACAACCAAAGAUGUCACCUUUCACACGGGAAUUAACCAGAUGGAUCUGAUUGGCCGGAGUUUGUUUGAUUUCAUGCACCCCUGUGACCAAAAGGAGUUGAAAGAGAGUCUUACUAAGCUGAUAGGGUGCCAAGAGCAGCAGAUGUGUGAACUUUUUCUGCGAAUCAAGAGUGCAAGCAACAACAAGCUGACUCCCUGGAAGGUGAUUCACUGCACAGGAGUUAAAAAGUCCUCCUCUACUUCAGGCACCAGCUGCCUGCUUCUGCUCUGCAGGUCACUGCCUGUACAGGACGUCAUCCAGAUCGGGGCUUAUCUGAAUUUUAAAACAUUCCUGAGCAUCCAUGGUCCAGAUAUGAAGUUCACCUACUGUCACUCUGGGGUCCAGGAAAUGACUGGCUUCAGCGACACAGAAUUGUACGGCCAGUCUGUGUACCAGUACUAUCAUCCAUCCGACUGCCAGCAUAUUCACAAAGCACACCUCUGCUUGUUCGCGAAGGGCCAGGUGUACACUGGGAAAUAUCGACUGCUGCAGAAACAUGGCGGCUACGUUUGGGUAGAGACAGAGGCCACAGUGGUGUACAACAUUCGCACGGGGAAGCCAGAAAGUGUUGUGUGUGUCAACUACAUUCUGAGUGGGGUGGAGAUGGCAGAUGUGGUGUUUUCUUUGGAACAGACAGACCGGCUGAUGAAACCAUGUGACCCCCUUCAUUCUAAGUUCCAGCCCAUCCAUCCAUUCACCACAACCACUCAGGCAGAAUCUACAGCCUCUGACAAGCAUGCAGAGUCUGUGCUGAGAGAUGGUGCAGCCAAUGGCCAGUCAGUAAUCAAGCAGAACUCAGCAAAGUGUAACUCUCUCACCUGUGAUAUUUGUCAGCUGGAUUUGGACAGCCUGGCGCCAUAUAUCCCAAUGGACGAGGAGGAUUUCCUGUUAACUCCAGACAGUGUAGCAGUAAAUUCAGACCUAAAAAGACUCCCCUCUAGGCCAUGCACAUCACUGGAUCUGGACCAGCGCCCUCGUUUGAAGCCAGUUCCUCCUACAGAAGGAGUCAUUUCGCCGGCCUUGCGACAAACUGACAGUACUUUUUCUCCAACAGAUGGGAUUAGCAAAGGUGCUCACGCUGUGCUCGUUUCAUCAAGACCAAGGCAUGACACCCAGCAUACAGUGAACAGAAAUCAAGUGGAGCACAGCAGUCAAACACCCUCAUUUCACAAGAAGACAAAUCACUGGACAGGCAUGGCGAAGGUCUCGCAACAUCUCACCAAAGCUUUAGGCAAAAACUCUGAUGGUCUGCAGUCCUACAGUCUUCCAGGAUCAGUACCUUGGGACCCAGUAUUCUCCAACCCACCCUGGUAUCUUCCUGAAUCACAUCAUACCACCCAGACUAGAGCAGUAAAAAUGCACCCAGCACCAACUGGCCUGCCUGUACUGAGCAGGUGGGAGUGUGAAGUGAAUGCACCUCUGGGAGCGCCAUCUCAGUUGCUUCAGGGGAAUGAACUUACCACUGUUCUGGACCAGGUCACCCCAGCAGUACCUUGGUACUAAUGACAAAAUUGCAAGAGCGCAUGCAUUUUCUGAAGCAUCAUAUUUUCUGAAAAUGUAUAUUUAGUUCAAAAAUCAGUUUCUUUUAAGUGAUUCAAUAACAAGAACUGCAAAUUUAAAAUAUAUAUAUAUUUCUGAGUGAGUCUGAAUGUGUUGAUAUAAUAUUUAUAAUGUAUAAUGUAAUUUAUCACUGAACAAAUAUUAAAUAUUCAGUUUUACUUGUUUUUAAAAUCAGCCCACAACACAUUUUAUUCAUAUACAUACCUGUAAGACAAUCCAUUUGUUAAUAUAACACUGGAAAAGAUUAUUGAAGUCCAACUGAUCUGUUUUAAAGCACAUGGUUUUAAUUAAGAAAUAAAAGAGACAAUUACAAAGAACCUUUCA